AUGGCUUCCUUCACUCACCACGUCUGCAGAAGCUUCUCGUCUUCGGCUGUUAAAAAUGUUGUUAUUAAACAUGUAACGAUCAUCGGAGGUGGACAGAUGGGAACUGGACUUGCACAGGUAAGUGGAAGACUUCAGCUUUUUGUCUAACUUCCUGUAAGUUUCUCUGUGGAUGAUGGCAUGUGCUAUACAUGUGUUAGACUACAUACUGAUCAGCAUGGCUGUUGUAUUAUCAUGUUACAAAGGACUGCAAGGUAACAAAACUGAAGGAUCUGCUACCAGAGCAUUUCUGUAGAAUGUAAUUGAUUUUUAAUGCAAUGUGUAACAAAAACAAACAAAAUCAAGCCAUAAAGGAGUGCUCAGAGGUCUCUGCUGAUGAAAAACACAAUUUUCUUCAUCUCUCUAUAUAACUGAGUCAUCCUCCAGCCCAGCAAAUCUUAAAAUAUGGAUGAAAAAAGCCUCCUGAUUUUUUCAUUGUCCAUCUACUGAGUAAGAGAUCUGCUACAAGGUGAUUUGAAUUUGCCCCUAUGUUGAUGUAAUGAGAUGAUCAGUUUUUAAUUUUCUUAAGGGGACCUUCCCAAAAGGAUCAGUAAAGUUCCGUCUAAUCUAAUCCAAUCUAAUCUAAUCCAAUCUCAAUUGAAUGCAGAACUACUCCUCCUAUUCAAGAAGUCCACUCCUAGCUGCACUGUAGAGUCACCACACUGAACUGCUCUGUUGCAGGUUGCCCAAAAAACAAUAAAAAAAACCAGUUUGUGUCCCAGCAGCAGAGUGCUAAGUAAACAGUCUGGGUUUUGUUUCUAACCAUAGCUUAGUCAAACGUCUUUGUUAGAGCAGUUUACCUAAGGCUACUUUAUAACAGAGGUGAACAACAAAGUCACAAAUGACAGGCAAGAAAGCAAGAAUAAAGUUCAACUAACCACUUAGGGACCUGAAUGGGGCUGUGUGGCGAACACAAGGACAGACCUCGACAGAAGAUCAUAUUGAUCAAAUCAGAGCCAACAUUGAUACUACAAAAUGUUCAUUUAAACACCGAAACAGAAUAAAACCAACAGCUGUCAUGGAAAGUGGAAUGCUGCAUGGAUGAAAAGUUUUCCACUUUCACUUGCAUGUUACAUCUAAACCAGAUAACUCCUCUUAUUCAUUAUUGUGGUGUGUGUGAAAGAUUUAGAUGUGAUAUUUCAGCAGCAGAGCCUGAUAGUACUAAACAAAGAGGUGGAUGUAAGAGAUGAACAUGAUUCAUGAAACUCAACAUCUAAAAAGUACAACAACUUUGAGCCUCUGGUGUUGGCCUAUUUUAGCCUCUGUUGGAGUAUGAUGCUGUGGUGUGACACAACAAGGAGUGCAUGGACAUUAGGAUUUGCCCACAAGGUGUCACUCUUUACCUUCAGUCUCAAGUAAACCCUUAUUGGAGAAUGUUUAGCUGUCAAUCAGCACUACAGAGUAUGUGUGUACCAGUUCUUUGUCGAAAUUUCCUGUCAGCCUUUUAGGGCCCCAUCCUGAUCAGUUUUUUUAAAGGGUUGCGUGUCUGUUGAUACCAAGCCCAGGUACUUGUAUUUGCUCAAAUCUGCAUGAGGUUUUUCUUUGUCUGCAAAAUUAACAAAAGUAAACAGAUUUACACCUCAGACUUCUCAGUCACAAUAUUCAGCGUUUAAAGUCAAUCUAGUGUUUACUGAGGCUCAGCAAAAGCAUUACAGAGCUUCUAAUGUCUGUUGUCAAACUGACAGCCGCUACAUCAUCAUGUUUCAAGUUUUGGUAUGGUGGUGUAAUGUUGAGACAGCAGGACAUGCUAGGAACCCAAAACCUUGUAAGCAGGGCAAGAAAUCUGAAAAGUCCAACACAAGGAUGGGAUGCCAGGAAUUAAACCACCUCCUCUUCAAUCUUUUAUUCUCCAGUGGCCUUUUCCUCUGCUGCUUUUGUUAAAGUACCUUAUAACUGAAAUUUCUUAUCUCAAACCAAUUACCCUUUGAAAGGUUGCUGCAUCAACAGGCCACACGGUGACGCUGGUGGACACAAAUGAAGACCUCCUUAAAAAAGCUGUAAAGGGAAUAGAAGGGAGCCUCAAAAAAGUAGUGAAGAAGAAGUUUGCUGAUAAACCAGAGGUGAGACUUAAAACAUCUGAAAAUGAAAAAAAUAUAAAAUAAAUACAAGUGUUAUUCUUGAUGUGGUAAUGCUUCCCUUUGUUUUCAGGCAGGAGAGGAGUUUAUUCAGAAAGUCCUGCAGAAUGUGUCCACCUCCACAGAUGCUGGAUCAGCAGCUCAGGGAUCAGAUCUUGUCUUGGAAGCCAUUGUGGAGAAUCUCAAAAUGAAGCAGGAUCUGUUUGGUUUGCUUGAUAAGGCAGCACCAGCGUAAGUUCUCCUCAGUUUCUGUUUAAUUAUUAGUUAUAAGCUGUUAAUUACAAGUACGCAGCAACAAAUAUAGAGAGGCAGCAGUUAAACAAUUUGUUUUUGGUGCUGUUGUGCAGUGAAAUGUUUUUUUUUUCUUUUCAGACACACCCUCUUUGCCAGUAACACGUCCUCCCUACCCAUUUCUGACAUCGCCAGUGCCACAAAGAGGCUGGACAAAUUCGGAGGGCUUCACUUUUUCAACCCAGUCCCUGUGAUGAAGCUUGUUGAGGUAAAGCCCUGAAUGAAAUACACACAGUCUGGAUACAAAUGGUCAAUUACCAGUGAGAUGUAAUUGAAACAGGACAAAUGAAUCUUAUCUAAACCUAUCGUUCCUUGGCUAAGACUUUAUUUGAUAUUUUUGCUGUUUAGAUGUCCUGAAACAUUUGUAGAGUCCAGUCGCUAUUAGGAACAAAAAAUCACACUCCAAUAGACAAGUUAAUAACUUUGCUGUAAGACUACACCCAGACUACAGGAGCUUUCCUGACAUUCUUGAAGUCUAAUGCUGCUCAGUGCCCCAGUCUUAAACUUUUCUGAAAGCACUUGCUACUAACGUCUCCACUCUUUACAGGUUAUUGGGACCCCAGCCACAAGCCAAGAGACUAUUGAUUCCCUCUUGAACUUCUGCAAAACACUUGGAAAAACUCCUGUGUCCUGCAAGGUAAGAUGUGAUUUCUGGCUUGUAUGACAUAUAGAUCAGAUGUCAAUUAUUCACUGAGUUGUAUCAGCAACAUCCAACACCUUUUAAAUUUUCAGGAUUCACCAGGAUUCAUUGUUAAUCGCCUUCUUAUCCCAUACUUGAUGGAGGCCAUCCGGUUGCACGAGAGAGGUAUGUAUACCUUGCUGUCUCAGACAUAAAUUUUCAUUUUGCUUACCAUGACUUAUCUGGGGCAGCGGCAGCUCAGGAGGUAGAGUGGAGGUAGUGCGGUCAGCAAACAACUGGAGGGUUGGCAAUUUGAACCCCGCUCUAUCCCUAUAGUCUGUCCGUCAUGUCCUUUGGCAAGACACUUAACCCACCUUGCUCCCAGUGUGUGUCCUCCACUGUUGUAUGAUUGUGAGUGUAGUGUGGUGGUGGUCAGAGAGGCCAUAGCCAUAAACUGGCAGCCACGUUUCCGUCAGUCUGCCCCAGGGCAACUGUGACUACUAAGGUAGUUUACCACUACCAGGGUGUGAGUGUGUGAGCGAAUGAAUGAUGUAUCCAAUGUUAAGUGCUAUAAAAAUCUGAUGCAUUAUUUUUAUUAUUAUCAUUAUUUAUCUUCCUCUGUCUUCUUCUGCAGGUCAUGGAUCUAAGGAGGAUAUUGAUAUUGCCAUGAAACUUGGCGCAGGUUAUCCCAUGGGACCCUUUGAGCUUUGUGAUUUUAUUGGACUAGACACCAUCAAAUUCAUAGUUGACGGUGAGUAUAACUGAGUGGAAUAAAAUAUUGAUAAUAUGACUUUCAUUAAAGGGAUAUUCCAGCGUAAAAUUAAGUUAGGGUCAAACACACCGUAACACCAGGUUAGACACCCCCUCGAGAGAUGAAUGUUGCUGACCGCUUGCUUCUCUAGUUAUACCAACUUUGGUAACGGCCACAUGAUAGCAAUAUACAGCGGUCUGAGAAGCAAUAAACAAACCUCAACCAAAACGCCACUCUAUAGCCACAAAUAAUGCUCAGAACAGCACCUAACUUCAUCAACAGUACAUAUAGGGUCCCAGCCAUAGUACUAGCCACCAAACAUCUUUUUAACUUUGCCUAAUUUCUUUAGCAAAGAGACUGAACACAACUCACCGUCUCUCUUCCAGCAGCCGCUUGUUUGUAGUGAGACCUCAGGCCAGUCCAUUACGGACUACAGUGGGGUGACGCAGCUCAAGGAAGAACAUUUAUGAUCAUUACUUUAUCAUUUCCUUGAAGUAAUAAUCACCAUAUUAAUCAUUUUACAGACGCAGUAGUUCUUCUGUCUUAGCGUCUCGGUCUGAUUGCAUUUCCAUGAAGAAAUGAUCAUAAAUGUUCUUCCUCAAACCGUGUUACCCCGCAGCAGUCCGUACUGGACUGGCCCGAGGUCUCGCUACAAACAAUCGGCUGCUGGAAGAGAGAUUGCGAGUUGUGUUUAGUCUCUUUGCUAAAGAAACUGGGCAAAGUUCAAAAGAUGUUUGGUGGCUAGUACUGUGGCUAGGACCCUACAUGUUCUGUUGAUGAAGUUAGGUGCUGUUCUGAGUAUUAUUUGUGGCUAUAGAGUGGCUUUUGGUUGAGGUUUGUUUAUGGCUCCUGAGACCGCUGUGUAUUGCUAUUGUGUGGUCGUUACUAAAGUUGGUAUAACUAGAGAAGCAAGCGGUCGGCAACAUUCAUCCCUUGACGGAUUGUCUAACUCUGUGUUACGGUGUGUUUGACCCUGAGUUAGUUUUACGGCAGAAUGUCCCUUUAAGAGUUGUAACUGUAGCUGAAACAACUUAGCAGGGCAGCGUAAAAUUUAUAGUCAACUAAAACAUUUUUGUCUUUUUGUUUUUCAAGGCUGGGGUGCAAUGGAUCCCAACAACCCACUCUUUGCUCAAAGCAAGUACCUGAACAAGCUGGUGGCAGAGGGCAUACUAGGGAAAAAGACAGGAGGAGGAUUCUACGGCAAAAAGUGAUCUAUUUUACAGUAUGACUGCAAAACUAAUGAGAACUUGUAGAAAUAAGCUUUCUAACGGGACCCUAAAUACAGAGACAGAAAGUCUGCCAAUGUCUCCUUCGUAGAGACUGAGUUUUGUCUGUUAUGCUACAUUUUAUAGACACUGGCUUCUGGAGCAGGUGUCUUUGUAUGUGAUCAAAUCACAUUAAACUACAUUUUUCCACACUUUGUUCUCCAUCUCUUCAUAUAUAUGAAAGCUAUUUAUAAACGACACACACUGACUCCUGACUUUCCUACCUCUGUCUCGUUUACUUUUACAUAAGUCAUCCUCUGACUGCACAUUACUAUCAAAUAUCACAGUGGGCACCUACACCGUCUAUCUAUGUGUGUGAAAGGUCAGUGAUCACGUAGUCACGUGAUUCCCGACCUCCACGCGCUGCUGCUCCGUCUGUGUCCCGGGGGCUGUUUGUCCUUAAAUCCUGACAGGAACAGGUCCACACACGAUGGCUUUCUUCACUCACCAAAUCUGUAGAGGCUUCUCGUCUUCAGCUGUCAGAAAUGUUGUAAUAAAGCAUGUAACGAUCAUCGGCGGUGGGCAGAUGGGGGCAGGAAUCGCACAGGUAAGUCAAACAGUGCACUUUAGCUGUCAAACUGUUAGCUGUUAGCUUCAUUAAAGCUAACUAGCUCACACUGGGAAUCAAAGCACGCCGUGCACGCGCUUAAUGUUACGUACACGUUGUAUUACGACGUUAUAAAGGUCUGCAGAGGAGUUAACAGGGAUCUGCUAUCAGAGCAUUCAGUAAGAACUGUCUUGAAGUGGUUUUCAUGCAAGAUCAGAAACCACAGCUAAGCCACUGCUAAGGAAGUUAUCAGUGGAGAAGCCCAAUUCAGCACAUUCCUGUAUUCACAAUCAAGUUUGUGUCAUUUUUAAAGAUUAAAAGAUUGCUGUCAUAUAUAUAAAAUCAAUUACCAUAUUGGUUGCACAGUCUCGACAUGUCUGUGUUGUGUUAACUGUUGUAUAAAAUGAAAUUUAGUAAUAAUGCACAGUAUUAGGGGAGACCGGGCAUGUUGUCACACGGGUAAGUUGUCACAUUGCAAUUAUCUUUGCUAUCAGAGGGUGCAACUAAAAAGUGGAAUACUAGUUUUCUUCCUUUACAUGGUCAGGGGUCGUGUCCUGUCUGAGAAGAGAAGAGAACUGAGCUGAGAUGAGCGCCGAUUAACCAUCUCGCACAACCCAAAGUAAAAAAAAGAUUAAUGACUUUCAAUGACUUAUUCUAGCUCAAUAAUAAACACUUUCUGUGCCUGACUUGAUGUUCAUUUUCAUGGAAGAAAAGGGGAACAACAAUAAUUUUGUCCUUGUUUUAUUAGCUGCAAAAUCUACUGUGACAUCUUACCCCAUGUAGUGAAACAACUUACCCGAUAAUGGGGCAACGUGUCACAUGUUCACACUCUCUGUUUGAUUGUUUAUAACUCUAAUAAUGCAUCAGAUUUCAUAUAGCGCUUUAUCAGAGACCCUCAAAGCGCUUUACAUUGGAUACAUCAUUCAUUCGCUCACACAGUCACACUUUGGUGGUGGUGGAAACGUGGCUGCCAUUCUGCGCCUACGGCCUCUCCGACCACCACCACACAACACUCACAAUCAUGCACCAGUGGAGGACACACACUGGGAGCAAGGUGGGUUAAGUGUCUUGCCCAAGGACACAACGGACAGACUUGGAUUAGGGGGGAAUCGAACCGCCAACCUUCCGGUCAUUGGACGACCGCUCUACCUCCUGAGCUACUGCCGCCCCACACUCUGCACUGACACAAGAUAUAACAGUGACAUGAAUACAAAAUAUAUACCUGAGACUUUGGUCUUUCAUCUGGUACACAUUUUGUUUAUAUAUAAUGUAUUGAUUACAAGAAAUAUAUAAAAGUGUAAAAGGUGUGACAACAAGCCCCGGUCUCCCCUACUGUUGCUCUCUAAAGACAUCUUUAGUUGUAUUUGAAGUGUAAAACUCUCCACAGGCAUGACUGAAUUUCAGGACACACCAAAGAAGCAGAAGCUGUGUUAAGAAAUCACUCUCUGGUCACUCAUUAACUGCAGUUGUUUUCUUGUGGGCUGACAUAACAUGUGAAGGUUCAUGAAGGAUUCGACUGACAUGACCUGUGGGGUGAGCAAGAAGAUUGAGAUUCACCCUCACGGUGUCACCUUUCACUUUGAGUUUGAAGUCAGCUGUCACUGGGGAAUUUUUUUGGUUUUUAAGAGAUAUAGACUUAAUACACACCAUAUAUGGCCUCAGAGUGAGCGCUAACCUAUGUGUUUAUGACCGUUUUUAUCCAUGAAACAAAGCCUUUCAGUGUUUGUAUUGAAAUUAUAUUUUUUCUUCCUCUGUCCUCAAAUUCACUCCUGAGACUUUUCUCUACUUUGGUUUGAAUAAACUGAACUAAACCCACGGUGUACACCACUAUAAAACUCCCUUUUUGUCACACUUAUGGAGUUUAUUUCAAUAGUAUAGUUUUUUAUAAAUACAAAGCUGAUAUUUCCAGCUUCUUUUUCUGUCACCAUCUGAUAGAGUGACCUUGUUUGCUUUCAGCUCCACACCUCCAGCAGUUAAGGGCAUGUUUCUCCUUAUCUCCCUCUUCAUAUCUUACCCUUUGAAAGGUUGCUGCAUCAACAGGCCACACGGUGGCGCUGGUGGACACAAAUGAAGACAUCCUUAAAAAAGCUGUAAAGGGAAUAGAAGGGAGCCUCAAAAGAGUAGUGAAGAAGAAGUUUGCUGAUAAACCAGAGGUGAGACUCAAAACAUCUGAAAAUGAUAAAAAUUUAAAAUAAAUACAAGUGUUAUUAUUGAUGUGGUAAUGCUUCCCUUUGUUUUCAGGCAGGAGAGGAGUUUAUUCAGAAAGUCCUGCAGAAUGUGUCCACCUCCACAGAUGCUGGAUCAGCAGCUCAGGGAUCAGAUCUUGUCUUGGAAGCCAUCGUGGAGAAUCUCAAAAUAAAGCAGGAUCUGUUUGGUUUGCUUGAUAAGGCAGCACCAGCGUAAGUUCUCCUCAGUUUCUGUUUAAUUGUUAGUUAUAAGCUGUGAAUUACAAGUACGCAGGAACAAAUAUAGAGAGUUAACACCAAGCAGAGGCUGCAGUUAAACUAAACUAUAUUGCCAAAAGUAUUUGCUCACCUUCCUUGACUCACAUAUGAGUUUAAGUGACAUCCUAUUCCUAAUCCAUAGGGUUCAAUAUAAUUUUGGUCCACCCUUUGCAGCUAACACAUCUUCAACUCUUCUGGGAAGGCUGUCCACAUGGUUAAGGAGCGUGUUUAUGGGGAUUUUUGACCAUUCUUCCAGAAGCGCAUUUGUGAGGUCAGACACUGAUGUUGGAGGAGAAGGCCUGGCUCCCAGUCUCCACUCUAAUUCAUCCCAAAGGUGUUCUAUUCUAUUGAGGGUUGAGGUCAGGACUCUGUGCAGACCAGUCAAGUUCAACCACACCAGACUCUGCCAUCCAUGUCUUAAUGGACCUUGCUUUGUGCACUGGUGCACAGUCAUGUUGGAAGAGGAAGGGACCAGCUCCAAACUGUUCCCACAAAGUUGGGAGCAUGGAAUUGUUCAAAAUGUCUUGGUAUGCUGAAGCAUUCAGAGUUCCUUUCACUGGAACUAAGGGGCCAAGCCCAGCUCCUGAAAAACAACCCCACACCAUAAUCCUUCCUCCACCAAACUUUACACUUGGCACAAUUCAGUCAGACACUUACGUUCUCCUGGCAACUGCCAAACCCAGACUCGUCCAUCAGAUUGCCAGAUGGAGAAGCGCGAUUCUUCACUCGAGAGAACAGGCCUCCACUGCUCUAGAGUCCAGUGCCGGCAUGCUUUACACCACUGCAUUCAACGCUCUGCAUUGCACUUCGUGAUGCAUGGCUUGGAUGCAGCUGCUUGACCAUGGAAACCCAUUCCACGAAGCUUUCUGCGUACUGUUCUUGAGCUAGUCUGAAGGCCACAUGAAGUUUGGAGGUCUGUAGUGAUUGGCUCUGCAGAAAGUUGGCGACCUCAUUACACUGUGCACUUCAGCAUCUGCUGACCCUGCUCCGUCAGUAAAAACAGUCUGCAUGCCAAGGUGCUUGAUUUUAUACACCUGUGACCAUGGAAGUGAUUCCGACUAUUUGGAUGGGUGAGCAAAUACUUUUGGCAAUAAAGUGUAUUUGUUUUUGGUACUGUUGUACAGUGAAAUGUUGUUAUUCAAGGCAGGUUUUGUAUGUAACUUGUGUUUUAUUCCAGACUUUUAUUAAUUGACUUCUAACAGCACCCACCACAUUUGGUGCCUAACACCCCGCACUUUAUUUUUCAGACACACCCUCUUUGCCAGUAACACGUCCUCCCUACCCAUUUCUGACAUCGCCAGUGCCACAAAGAGGCUGGACAAAUUCGGAGGCCUUCACUUUUUCAACCCAGUCCCUGUGAUGAAGCUUGUCGAGGUAAAGCCCUGAAGAAAACACACACAGUCUGGAAACAAAUGGUCAAUUACCAAAGAGAUGUAAUUGAACCAGGACAAAUGAAUCAUAUCUAAACGUAUUGUUCCUUGAUUGAGUCUUGAGAUGAUAUCCAAACUUUCUGAGUAGGAAAUCAAUCUUUAAUGAAAGAUAUAGGGAGAGAGCAAGACUGAGUAGCUGAUGGUAAUAUUAGCUAUGUGAAAAAAAAGCAGACAAGUACAUUAUCAACUGUAGUGCUUGGGGGAAACAAACCAUAAAAACAACCUAAUGUAUGAGAAAGUUUUUCUUCCAACUGUGAAUGCCCAUCAGUUUCAAAUAUUGAUCAUCUGCCUCAUGUACUACUGAUAAUCGCUGUUAGUAUCAGCGCUGAAAAGCUGAUAUUAGGUAAUGCACAGGGUGUAGAGAGUGGCAGACCUUGACAUUUCAAUGAAAGAAGUAGACACCUGGGUACUAGUAUCCAUUACUGAAGUUUUUAUUCUUUUCAGGUCAUUGGAACCCCGACAACAAGCCAAGAGACUUUUGAUUCCCUCUUGAAUUUCAGCAAAGCACUAGGAAAAACUCCUGUGUCCUGCAAGGUAAGACGUGAUGUCCGGCUCAAUAACAAAUACAUAAGAAAUAAAUGAUCUAUUAAGUCAUAUCAGCAACAUCCAAAACCUUUUCUCUUUUGUAGGAUACACCAGGAUUCAUCGUUAAUCGCCUUCUUGUUCCAUACUUAUUAGAGGCUGUCCGAUUGCAUGAGAGAGGUAUGUCCACCUUACUGUUGUUGUAUUAGUCGUGUCAGGAGUUGUGGGAGUAAACCGCUCUGCCUACCGUGGUUUAUUUUCUUCCGUCUUCCUCCGCAGGUCAUGGAUCCAAAGAGGAUAUCGAUAUUGCCAUGAAACUUGGUGCAGGUUAUCCCAUGGGACCCUUUGAGCUCGCUGAUUACGUAGGACUAGACACGAUCAAAUUCAUCAUUGAUGGUGAGUGAAACUACAUGGAGUAAAAUGUGGAUUUGACCUUGAUUAAGAAUUGUGACAACUACUGAUGAACCUGCUGCAUGAAAGAGCAAAAAUAAAACUCACCCUUAAACGCUGUUUCUUUUGGCUCUUCAAGGCUGGAGUGUGAUGGAGCCCGACAACCCACUCUUUGGUCAGAGCGAGUACCUUAACAAGCUGGUGGCAGAGGGCAAACUCGGCAAAAAGACGGGAGAGGGAUUCUACGGCAAAAAGUGA